ACAUCAUCAUCCAUUUAAUUGUUGGGAAACUACAAGGUGUAUUUUCGUCAAUUCAACCAAAUCCUCAUUUUGGCCAUAUGCUUGCGUCACUGAAGUGAGCAGAGUGUGUCCACAACAAUGGGGACCGCCGGAGCUUUCUUCUCCGUUCCUCUGAACUACCAAUUCUACCGCCGGCCACUUCAUUUUCAACCUCUCUUCCUCCUCCCUAUCACUUGGCCACUCACACCUUUCUCUCGUAAACAAAUUAUUAAAUUAUAUUGCCGUCGAAGCUCCGGUUCAAGGCUCUUGUUAACUCCUCCGCGUGCUUUACUUUCAAGGCAAUCACGAGAGGGGAGAGGCAGCAGUGAAGUUGAUCCGGAUCUUCGGUCCGUGCUUGAACUUGCUACUGAUUCUGAACUGUAUGAACUUCAAAGGAUUUUAUUUGGUCCAAGUUACUUUAGCCCAAUGUUGAAGUCUGUAACAAAGAGAACUGAAUUUGAUUGUGUUAUGGUCGGAGAAGACCCGGAGGAGAGAGCGGAUUUUUUGUCAAUGCUUGAAUCAAGAUUUUUAUACCUUGCUGCUGAUGCACGAUCCACAUUGAGGGGUAGGAGACCAUCAUAUAGGGAGGUAUUGCUUGGUGUCAGGGAAAAACUAAGUAUAAGAUGCUCAGCCAAAUUGUCUGCAGAAGACCUGGAAGCUGAGAUUUUUCUUCAUCUGCUUCAAGAGUACUCAAGCUCAGAAGAAAGCUUGGAUGCUUCUGAUGGGCAUGGUGGUCUAGAAUUUGGGCUUAGUAAGUGGAAAGUACAAGCUGCUGCCGCAUUAAAAGCUGGGGCAGAAGGGGUCCGUUCAAUAAUAUUAAAGGGUGGCGGGGUGCUAACAUUGGGGAAGAUAUACAGUGGGUUAGCCAGGAGAUUUUCUGGAAAGAUGCUAUUGGAAGCCGCCAACUAUCAGAUAAGUAAGGAGGUCCUUAAAAAGGGUGGAGAAUUGGCAGCUCUUAACCUGGAGUCCAGAUUGGCCUUGCUGGCUGCAAGAAAGGGCUUAGCUGGUGCUGCCUCCCGUUAUUUUGGCUUAAGGAGCAUGAUGACAUUUCUUGGCCCAAUUCUGUGGGGAACACUUCUAGCAGAUGUUGUCAUUCAAAUGCUUGGAACUGAUUAUGCUAGAAUCGUGCGAGCUAUUUAUGCAUUCGCACAGAUUCGGAUCACCCGCACCUACAAAACAUCUGAUGUCCAGUAAGAAAGCUUAUCUGUAGAUUGGACUCUAAAGUUGCAUUGUGGACAUCACACGCUGGGAUAAUAUUAGACUGUUGGCUUUGGAUAUGGUUCUACACUUGUGCAUAGCAGAUAUACGAAAGAACGUUUCUUGCAGUGGUGAGAUGGGCUUGCGCUUCACUGUACAUAUGUUAGGUUGUACAGUAAGCUUCUUUACUAAUUUAAGAUAGAUACGAGCCUCCUAUACCAUGUAUUUUUCUAAACUAUUUAGAUUAGUUAGAAGAAAAUUUGUUGCAGGUUGCUGUAAUUAUAAAGUGUUGAUGUUGCUGAAUUUUGUUAACUUGAUUGUUCUGUUCUAUGUAGUUUGUGAAAUAAGGAUAGUCCAGGUUCCUGCAAGCCGGUCUGGACACUGCAUUUUUACGGUCUGGA